AUGAGAAGUCCCUUGUACCGUCCUGGAGAUGAGUACGAGGAGGUUCCAAUACUAUACCAGACACCUGUCAGUACCAAUAGAGCAGAAAAUAAACGAGAAUUACCACCCCAUAUGGAGAUACCCCGGAAAACUCAGCCUGGAAGCGGGCAAGAGUCCGUUUUGAAUGCUGACCAAGAAAGAUUGGUACAGCAAGCUGAACUAAUGCUCACAAGCGAGCAACUAGUUAGAAUCCUGAAACGUCGGGAAAAGAGAGAUAUGAAUGAGGAUCCUGAGGAGAAAGCCUUCAAAACUUGGAAAGAGGGUCAAUACUGGGCUAAUACAGAACCAGUUAAAACUCACCAGCCAAUAAAUGCAAAUCAUCCUUCGGUAAAGGAGCAGCAGUCCCAAAGUGGGGAUAGAGAACGGAGCAAAGAACUGUGGGACAAGCAUGAGCAAGACAUAGAAGAAACAAAAAAGAAACUUAAUAAGCUUACAGCUCAUUUAGCAAAAGAAGAAAAUAAAUAUAAGUGCAUUCGGCCAGACGUACCAGCCUUAGAUAAUUCUAAUCCAGUAGCCAAACUCGUAGGCCAAAUGGUUAAACCCAAGGGAUUGGGAACUUCCCGAACUCCUCACAAACUGAAUCCCAUAAACCAGAUACCAGUUACCAGUUACAUUGGACGAUCCUUGGGAAAAAUAGAGAAAGCUGGUGGAGCAGACUCGGACAAUUCAUCUGACGAGUCAGACUCAAGCUCUAGCGGAGACUCGAGCAACACAUCCACUGAUAAUGAUUUCCAAGUUUCAUCAUUGGGCCCUAGAUUGCAAACAAACAGAGUAAAAUCUCAUCGCCGGAAGAAAAGAAAAGAAAUAUUGAAACCCACUGAACUAGCUGCCUAUGACAGAAAGCCUGAUUCCCGAGAAUUACAUCGCUUUGUAACUGCUGCUACAGCCUACGUCAAAGUAGGGCAAGUGCCCCGAGCAAAUUGA